AUGAGCUAUUCGGCUGGUGUCCUUCCGUUCACGAUAAAGAACGGAACGGUGUACUUCUUGCUCGGACGGGACAGGGCGGACGGUGCCUUCAGCGACUUUGGGGGAAAGGCGGAGUGCGUGGACGAGGACGACCCGAAACGGACGGCGGUGCGAGAGUUCUACGAGGAGACGGCCGGGAGCGUCCUGGACCUGGACGCCUGCGCCGCGAGGCUGCAGGAGGACGCGUGCCACGACGUCGUCGUCUCCAGGACCAUGGGCGGGAACGUGUACAGGAUGUACAUAGUCCACAUCCCCUUCCUCAGCUCGUAUCCUCGGUCUUUCGAGAGGACGAUGAGGUUCCUCAGGUAUAUGAAGGCGAAUCGCAAGUUCCUCGAGAAGACCGAGCUGGCGUGGUUCAGCCUGGAGUCUCUGAUGGCGGCCGUCCGGGGUUCCGGGUUCGUGCCGGCGGACCCGUCUUCGAGGCCCCCCCUGCUCAGGAACGUGUUCGCGUGCAGCCUGCGGCUCGCCGAGAGCAAGCUGGACGACUUGCAGCGCAUCCAGUGCUACCCAAAGCUGCUGCGGGCGUUCCGAGCGGGCGCCAUCGACGUGGAGACGGCUGAGCAGGUCAAGGCGUCGGUCCCCGACUACCUCAUGAUCGACGAGUUCCAGGACACGAACGCGGUGCAAUUCGAGGUGGUCCGCCUGCUGGUGGAGAGGUACGGAACGCGGGUUUUCGCGGUCGGCGACAAGAACCAGACCAUCUAUGGGUUUCGGGAUUCGGAUCCGGCUCUCUUCGAUGAGGUGGAUGGCCUGGGCACCUACCCGUGCGUCACGUUCUCUCUCAAGCGCAACUAUCGGAGCACGCCCGCCAUCGUCGGUUUCUGCAACGACGUGUGUCCGGAGGGAGAGGCCGGCAGGAUGGUGGCCGCGCGCGAGGCGGGGCCUGCCAUGGUGCUGCCCAAGCUGGCGGUCUUCGAGGAGAGGGGUGACGAGAGUACGUACGUGGCGGCCGCGGUCAUGGCGCUGCGUGAGGCGGGCGAGGACGACGUGGCGGUGAUGGCUAGGACGCAGAAGGAUGCGUACGCCAUGGCCCACAAGCUGAGCGAGCUAAAGGUCCCGGCCAGCAUCUUCAUGGGCGACUCGGAGGGUUCCAGGCCGAAGAAGCGGAGGGCCUCGAAGCGCGACGGUCCGGCUCCGGUGUUCGUAUGUACGAUCCAUGCUGCGAAGGGGCUGGAGUGGAAGCACGUGUUUCUCGUGGGUUGCUCUGACGCGCUCAACAGGUGUCUGACGGCCAAGGAGCUCGAGCAGGAGCUGAACCUAUUCUACGUGGCCUGCUCGAGGGCGAAGGACGCUCUCGUGCUGACCAGCCCGACCAAGUGCAUCACGCGCCUGCUGUUCAAGGUGCACGAGUCGCGAUACGAGAUCGAUCGCGGGUCGGAGAGGACGAUCGCACCCAUGUUCGGGUACUUCGGCGACAGCGAGACCCAGAUGACGACGCACCGCUCCGUCACGCACUUCGUUCGCUACGCCACCGGAGAGUUCUUCGACCGGGCCAAGAUGGACGGGCUCCUUCCGAGGGGCUUCCCGGGGGCGACCAUCGAGAGGCUGCACGCGGUGCACGUCUUCCCCUACGCGAGCGACAUGAACGUGCUCUACGCGUCUGCGGUGGAGAGGGUGAUCUACAGGCAGAUCCUGUCGGCGUGCGUGGGGCGAGACGUGCCGGUCCGCAUGAUCGACCAUUUUGCGAAUCGGUGCUUCCUGUGGGUCAAGGGGUUUCAGAGCCGGUGGAACGGGCCGGAGAUCACCGAGGAGGACGUAGAGACGGCCGUGGCCGCGAAGGCCGCCGAGUUCGGGCUGGCGGACGCGUCCGCCGUGGAGGUGCACUACGAAGCCAAGCGGCUGCCGGCGUACCUUCGCGGCGGGGGCGCGACGAGGGACAGGGAGUCUGGAAAGAAGGCGAGGCGGUUCGACGCCGCGGUGGAGCGCAUACGGGGGUCCUACGUUCGCUACAUCAACGACGUGCACCACGACACGGACAGCCGGGAGGCACUGCGCGCCAUCGCAGACGUGGCGGUCUGCGCCCACCUGGCGUACCCGCCCGCCAAGACGCACUUCGUCUUCGAGGAUUUGCACCUCGGGGACCUGCGGAGGGACAAGAACCUGGGACUGUUCGGCUGCACGCGCAAGGUGGCCGCGGCGUUGGUCCGGGAGCACGGCAGGUGUCCUCCGGUGGGCACGGUGCUCCCGAGGGUGUUCACCCCGGAGGCGAUGAUGCGGCUAUAUGGGGUGGGUGUGGACGUCGACCUGUCGACGAGGUCGUUGCGAGGUGUGGCCGACAUCAUCAUGGGAGAUCUCCUCAUCGACAUCAAGACGUCCGCGGAGCCCGGCAUCCAGGCGACGUGGGUCCUGCAGCUGCUGUGCUACGCUGCCCUGGCGAGGCUGCGGGGGAUGGUGGUGAACCACAUCGCCAUAUACAACGCGCUGUCGGGCACCUUUUGGAAGGCCCCCGUGGGCGACUGGCGUGCCGACGAGGAGAUGCUCGGGCGUGUAAUGCUCCGACUGGGCAUCGAAGUGGAUGUGCACGGUAGCGUCGGGCUGCGGGUAUGGGUAGGACUGGUCCGGGACGCCGUCUUGGACGACGACGAUGGUCGACCGCAGGAUCUGGGACAGCGCGACCAGCUCGGUGUUGCCGGCGAAGGUGGUGGGGAGCCUCAUGAUGUCUCUGUACUGGACCGGAUUUCGGAUGGUUGGCCCCGGCGAGUAGCCCUCCGAGCUGCCGUACUCGAGCAUGAUGAGGUCUCUGCCCUUUUCGAAGCCCUCUCCGAGCCGCUCGUCGAAGUGACGCAGGACGUAGUGGACGGCACGUUCCCUGAGUUUGAGCGACGUUUCGUGGAGUCUGUGGGCGUCGGCGUAGACGGGGAGGCGGUGCUUCCUCUCGGCGAAGAACGAGAUCAGGACCGCGUGAAAGAGACACGAUCCGUCGCCGGGAACCUGUAG